AUGCCGCGAGCCGUGUCGAACAAGAUCACAUCGGCCCAUACGCAGGCCGUGGCCGCCCGCACGCAGCAGAAUAGCAGUGCGACGACCAAGAAUCCGAUCUUUAAUACAGAAAAAUUCGGUCAGCAUAUCCUGAAAAACCCGCUGGUAGCACAGGGCAUCGUGGACAAGGCGAGUUUGAAGCCGACCGAUGUAGUGCUCGAAGUCGGUCCAGGUACGGGAAAUCUGACCGUGCGCAUACUGGAUCAGGCCAAACGUGUGGUGGUGGUCGAGAUGGAUCCGCGUAUGGGAGCUGAGCUGACCAAGCGUGUGCAGGGCAAGCCCGAGCAGCGCAAGUUGGAGGUCGUGCUGGGCGACGUGAUCAAGACGCCGUUGCCGUACUUUGACGUGGUGAUCAGCAAUACACCGUACCAAAUCUCUUCGCCAUUGGUAUUCAAGUUGCUCUCGCAUCGCCCGCUCUUCCGGUGUGCGAUUCUCAUGUUUCAGCGCGAGUUUGCGAUGCGACUCGUAGCACGGCCAGGCUCGCCGCUGUGGGGACGUUUGUCGGCCAAUGUCCAGCUGUAUGCCAAGGUGGACCAUAUCAUGAAAGUGGCGCGUGGCUCGUUUCGCCCGCCGCCGCAAGUCGACAGCUCCGUCGUGCGCAUCGUGCCACUGAAUCCGCCGCCGCCGAUCCGCUUCGAAGAGUUUGACGGCCUCACGCGCAUUGUCUUUUCGCGGCGCAACAAGGUGCUCCGGGCCUGCUUUUUUGGCGCACGUGGCGUUCUCGAGAUGAUGGAAGCCAACUGGAAAACGUACUGCGCCGAGCACCACCUGUCGACGGCCGGCGUCUCGUUCCCUGACAAGGUCGAUGGUGUGCUGGACCGUCUGCAGAUGAGCGAGGCACGCGCGUCCAAGCUCGAUGUCGACGAGCUGCUGCAGCUUCUGGCCGCCUUCCAUGAUGAAGGUAUCCAUUUCUAG